AUCUGCUCAGUCCAGUGUUCAGGAACGUGCUGCCCACACAGCCACCCAACCAUGGAUACUCAGCAUUGGCUGACAGUUCUGAUUCUAGUUUUUUCCACCCAUUUUGAUUGCUUUCAGGCUUCUUAUUAUUAUGUAAAUCAAUACCAAACCUGGGAGGAUGCCCAAGCAUACUGCCUUGAGACAUACACUGACCUUGCUAUCGUCAAUAAUUCUGAGGAUCAAAGCAACCUCAUGAAGACGAUGAGAGGUGCAUCAUAUGGCUUGGUUUGGAUAGGACUGCAUCAGACGUCCUCCAACUGGAAAUGGAGUAACGGUGACAAGGUCACCUACCAGGCAUGGAACAGAUACAUGUUCUGUGCUUUAUCUGAUACAUAUGGUUUCUGGAGAGACACUCUAUGUGACUAUGAAUACCCUUUUAUAUGCUACAAAGAACUAACGAAUGGAGUUAUAAAUUACACCCUAAUACAGCAGCCGAAAUCCUGGACUGAUGCUGUGACGUACUGCCAGACUUAUUAUACAGACCUGGUGUACAUUAAUAGUUCUUCUCAGAACGAUGAGGUGAUAAAUUUUGCGCAAGGAGUUUCAUACUUCUGGAUAGGACUGAGCAACAACCCCUGGACCUGGGUGGAUGGAGGCACCUACUCAGUGCGGGACUGGGGAAGAUACCAGCCCAACAACCUUGGCAGUAACCAAAAAUGUGUCCUGGCUUCAGAGUCUGGAUGGAACGACUAUGAUUGUUCUGUGUAUCUCCCAUUCUAUUGUUGCGAUCCUGCCUUGUCAUCUGCCCUGGCAGCCAGAUGCAAUCUGGUAUAUUCAUCUCUGCCCUGGAUAGACUGUUUAACAUACUGUGCCAAAAAGAACCAAACCUUGUUAACAAUGAAGGUUUCCACUGACGCAUUUGAUGUUGCCGCAACCGGGUUCACCAUAUGGAUCGGGCUCAAUAGCACCAGACUGAACUGGACCUGGUCCAAUGGACAGCAGGCAGCCUAUACCAGUUGGUUGCCCAGAGUUUCUUCCUCAAGUGGAAACUGUGCCAUGGUUAAUUCUGAUGGUUACUGGGAAGAUGACGCCUGCACUGCAACACAUCCAUUUAUAUGUUACACAGAGACCAAUGGCACCCUUAACUAUACUCUAGUUAGCCAGUGGAUGGCCUGGAAAAAUGCAUUAGCAUUCUGCAGAGCGCACUACAUUGAUCUGGUGUCUAUAAAGAGUAUCAAUGAGAGCAUAGCAUUGAAAAGUUUGGUACCGACCGGCAGCUGGUUCUGGAUAGGUCUGUUCAAUGACCCCUGGAUGUGGUCAGAUGAGCAGGACCCUACCUUUAGUUCCUGGACGGAUGUUAUAAGAAGCUCCGGACAAUGUGUGGCAGUGGACAUUUAUGGUGUUUGGUGGGAAUACAACUGUCAAACCAAGCUACCCUUCAUCUGCUCUGGUUUGCCUACAGUGCAUAAAAUUGUAUUGAGGGUCAACCUCAGGAGUGUAUCAGAAGACCUGGAUCCAGAUGACCCUUCAGUGGCAGAUGAUAUACUAACUACGAUAAAAGGAAAAUUGUCCCUUUAUACUUCACUGGUUAAUACCACCUUCCUCUGGAGAAACCAGGAUGGACAUAUAUUUCAUGAAAUAUAUACCAAUUCUCCUGAUAAAUGUACAGUUUGAUGAUGAUCUACAGUCCCAACAAACUGCAUUUAAUACUACUGCAAAUGACUUAUAGAAUUGCUGUAGAAUACAGUAUGUGUGUGGAAUCAAUGGUGUUAAAUAAUAGGAUUA